AUGAGUUCACCACUAUUGAUAAACAAAAAAUAUGACUAUGGAAGCGUACACGAUGAUGAAGAUUCGAUGAAGGGUAAAUUAGGGACAAUUGAUGGGGUAACACUUCCGACUAUACUCAAUGUUUUAUCUAUCUUGAUGUUCCUAAGAUUUGGAUUUAUUAUAGGACAACUCGGGGUAUUGGGUACAAUAAUAGUAUUGGUGAUAUCAUACACUAUUAACACCUUAACAACAAUGAGUGUCUCCGCAAUUGCAACAAACGGUACGGUAAAAGGAGGCGGUGCAUAUUAUAUGAUAUCACGGAGUUUAGGAGUUGAGUUUGGUGGUUCAAUAGGCGUUAUAUUUUAUAUUGGACAAAUAUUGAACAGUUCGAUGAAUGUUGCCGGUGUCAUAGAGCCACUGAUUUAUAAUUUCAACGUGGAUGAUGGAGAAUUAGGUAAGAUUUUACCAGUUUCGUAUUGGUGGAAUUUUACUUAUUGCACAAUUUUCUUGAGCAUAUGUGUUGUUGUUGCAUUAAUCGGAUCAAAUGCCGUAUCCAAAGCAGGAAAAUACCUCUGUAUAGUGUUACUUUUCUCGACACUCAUGAUUCCAAUAUCAACUUUAGCUGUAUCCCCAUUUGAAACGGAAUACGGACUGCGUUAUUCGGGACCGUCACUUGACACAUUGAGGGGCAAUUUAUUUCCAAAGUUGACCAAGGGAGCUGCCGGUUCUGAAGUGAAGGGCCAGGAAACGUUCAACGAUUUAUUUGGGAUUUUUUUCCCAGCAACUGCAGGGAUACUAGCAGGCGCAUCGAUGUCGGGUGAGUUGAAGAACCCAUCCAAGUCGAUUCCUAAAGGUACAAUCCAAGGGUUAGUCGUUACGUUUUUGUCGUAUUUGAUUGUCAUUUUGAGCAUGGGUGUUAGCAUUCCUAGGAAAUUGUUAUACAGAGAUACGCAAAUCUUAGAAAUUGUGAACUUAUCACCAUUCAUCAUUUUGGCAGGGGAGAUGUCAACCAGUAUAUUUUCAAUUAUUGUUGGAAUUGUUGGGGCAGCGCAGUUGCUACAAGCCAUUGCAAAAGAUGAGAUAUUACCAGGACUACAGAUAUUUGCUGAGAAUGAAAAACUGAGUAUAUUGGUUACGUGGAUAAUCUGUCAGUUAUUUCUAUUUGCAGACUUGAAUCAGAUUGCGAUAUUUAUUACAAUGGCAUUUCUUUUAACGUUUAUCAUUACCAACAUGGCAUGUGCAUUGUUGAAGAUGGGAUCGGCGCCCAAUUUCCGGCCUAGUUUCAAAUACUUCUCAACGAAGAGUGCUAUAUUGGGAACAAUGUUAAGUUUUAUCACUAUGUUAAUAGUUGACAGUAUAAGUGCAAUAAUUGUUUUCAUUAUACUGAUAUUGCUUAUAAUAUUUAUACAUUUCAUCAGUCCGCCGAAAUCAUGGGGGGAUGUCUCGCAAUCGUUGAUUUAUCACCAAGUGAGAAAAUAUUUACUCAAGUUGAGGCAAGACAAUGUCAAGUAUUGGAGGCCUCAGAUCUUACUACUGAUAGACAAUCCACGCACCAGUUGGAAGUUGAUUACCUUUUGUAACCAUUUGAAGAAGGGAGGGUUGUAUAUCUUGGGGCAUGUUUUUAUCAUUAAGGAUUUCCAAGAGAAUAUUCAGGAGUUCACCAGUAUGAGGGACAACUGGAUCAAGAUUCGAGAUUUGAGUAAGGUGAAGGCGUUUGUACAAAUCUCCAUAGCGGAGAGCUUCAACUGGGGGGUUCGGAACAUUUUCAUUGGAAGUGGGUUAGGAGGAAUGAAGCCCAACAUCACGAUCAUUGGGUUCUAUGAUCUAAGCAAGUACCGAGAUGUGAUACCCGAGUGGAUGCACAUUGAGAAUGAGGGGGAGGAGUUUGACAAUCAAGUACGAGUUGAAAUCAACAGUCUCCCCACUGACCAAAGGGCGGAGAGGUCGCCGAAGGUUGGAAUUUGUGAGUGGAUAGAGACAUUGGAGGAUUUAAGUUUACUCAAUUCAAAUAUUGGAGUAGGAAAAGGGUUUUCUAAGAUGGUUUUCCCCUCAGAGGCGACUUCCACAAAGGAGUUGCCCUAUAUUGAUCUAUAUCCUAUACAAAUGGCGCAACGAAUUCAGGGAGAUGAGGCCAUCAGCACAAUCAACUUCGACACGUGUACGUUGAUAUUACAGUUGGGAGCGAUUUUACACACGGUUCCUACGUGGCGGCGACACCAUCGGUUAAGGGUUGUUGUUUUCGUGGAAGAUGAGGGAGAUAUGGAUGAGGAGUACAAGAGGGUGAGGCGGUUAUUAGAGAUUCUCCGGAUGAGUGAAGCUACAAUCAAGGUAGUGUCAUUGAAUGGGGGGUCAUUACGGAAAUACGAGUAUAUAUCCAGGGGGGACAGUAGUGGGUUAGGUGAGGAGGAGGUGAAACGGAUCAACGAGCUAUUGGAAGAUGAUCCAUGGUGGCAGCGGGUCAUUGAGUUGCGAAAGGAGAGAGCCAACAAUAGUGGCUGCAAUAACGACAAGAGCAACAACAAGAGUAACAACAGCAAAGAUUCUCUACGGUACAACAAAACAAUGAAUAACCGCAAGAGUAGGAACUUUGAAGAUAUUCGAAGGAUUGUAGGUCCUACAAUACGUCGAGGACGGCGGAUGACAGUUAGUGAUGCUACAGAGAUGGGGUUUUCAUUAGGUCGAAUGAAUUUCCAGGCUGGCGGAAUACAAGAUAUGGAGAGUGAUGUGGAGAGUGUCAAUGUAAGUGGCAAUGUCAAUGCUGUUCUAAAGAGUGAUGCCAGUAGUAUAAUAAGCAGUGGGAAAUUCACUGCUGCUCGACUGCCCAUGUCAAGAAUACGGCGAGAUGCUGAGGGGAAUGAUGCGUCUAUUAUGUGGGACGAUCACUAUGGUCCUAACGAAGGUUUAGAUAUUGAAGGAGAUGUUAGUUCGGUAGCUGACUACAGCUAUGGCGACGUCAACGGCGACAACUGUGGCUAUAACUACAGCUAUAGCUACAACUACAACUGUGGCUAUAGUAAUGGCUAUAAUGGCAAUAACAUCAAGGUUGAGUUUGCAUCAAUGACGCGCCGGGCACAGUUUCUCGUUUUGAACGAACUCAUGGGACAAAUCAGCCCUAGUGGUGUUACUGCUCUUAUAUUGACGACUCUCCCCUGUCCAGCACCGGGUACACAUAAUUCCCAUGGAGAAUGUCUUAGAUACUGUGUUGAUUUGGCACUUUGGACAAUGGAUUUCCCACCGAGUUUACUUGUAGCUGCCAAAACCGUUACAGUGACGAGCAACUUGUGA